AUGGAUGCUCCGACAUUGAACAUGACGAGGCCGUCAGUGGCUCAUUUUUAUGUUGAGGUUGAUCUUACAAAGGAGCUUCCAAAAUCAGUUAAAGUUGAGGAAAAAAAGGGGAAGAAGAACGACCAGUUGUUUACCUAUGAACAUGUGCCGGAUUAUUGCUCCAAUUGUAGCAAAAUUGGCUAUAGAAAGGAGGAGUGUCAUGCCGGAAUUCUGAAACCGAUGGAAAAGAAGAACAAGGCUCCUGCUCAAAAGACUCAAGUUCAGUCAAAAGGGAACUUGGCGAACAAUGGAGGAGACGUGAAGUCGCAAGGUGGAGCUUUGCGUUCUAACACUCCAUCGCAACUUGUGGAAAACCCUAAGGCAGCGGAAGGUCUGUCGCUCAAGGGGGUUACAGAUUCGGAUGCUUUGACUUUAGGGCUAUCUCGGCGUGAAAAAGAGGCCAUCCCUGUGGAUGUUCCAGCAACAGUACAAGGGAAGUCUGAUGGUUCUUCUAAGACUGCAGUUGCGGCGACUCUACCCGAAACCUUGAAUGUAGCAACUGGAAACCCUAAUUCGACGGGUUCGAAUCGUUUCUCUGUUCUCGCCUCGAUAUUGGAGAUUGACGAUGAAAUUAGUUCUGAUGAUGACAAUGUGGAGACGGUUUAUGUGGAGGAGUCACCAACCAGAACAACGGAUGAUCUUAAUCAAGUGUUAGUGUUAUUUGAAAAUCCAAAGAAACUGAGUUUGUUAACUGAUGACAAUUCUGUUGGUGAAAAGGAGGAAGCGGUGAAAAGGAGGAAGCGGUGA